GGGGUCUCGCCGCCUCCUCCCGGAAGCCCACGUGGGUCCUGUGAGGCGACUCAGCGCCGGGCGGGAAACGGCGGCAACCGGGCGCUCCCCAGGGGCUGCGGCCGCUCGGGUCCUUGCGCCACGGGCGCGCGGGGCGGCGGAGGGGCGGUCGCGCUCUGUCCUGGGAGUGAGACUGAACUGGAAAAUCAGGGAGAUGCCCCUUUCUUUGCUCCUUCCUUCCUUUCUCCCUCCCUUCUCUUUCUCCUGUCUUCCUUUCCUUCCGUUUCUCUCUCGGUAACGAAUGCAUAAGAUUACUUUUAAUAUUUGCGAGGGGGGGGGGAAAGCACGUGCUUUCCAAGCCGUUUCUCCUCCUCCUUUUUCUCUGUCAUAAAAAAAAGGAUGCAUGGCGGGGAUGGUUGAAAGGUUUUUUUUUUUUUUUUUUCCCUCCAAAAGUGGGAGCGUCUUAGGAUGUCUGGGUGGUGGGAAGCGGAGGUCUUAACCUGCUGGAGGGAGCGCGGUGUUGACAUGUGCGCGCGUGCAUACACGGGCGGGAACCACGUGCUUCCCGGCCACAGACAGACCGACAGACAGGUAGCAGCUGGGUGUCUGGAGGUGCUCGGCGCCCGGGUGGCAGCCGGCAGGUUUUCAGUCAUUGCUGCAGCCUCCCGGAUACCUGAGCGGCCACUUACCCAAGUGCUGUUCCCUGUUUUGAGCUGGUUUUCUGGCAUCAGCCGGCUGCUGAUUCAAAAAUCCUUGCUGGACCUGGACCGGGAGCGGAGGAAGGAUGAGCAGAGAUCAGAGCGAAGGAUUGAUGGUCCGAGACUGCCCCAAAUGCCCGCGUUGAGCUUCCUGUUAAUUGAACAUACUUUGGUCUAGAUGGAGAGCCAUCGCUUGAUACAAUGACCUGACUUUAUAGUAUUGUAAUCAGUAGUUACUAUGUCUUUUUUUUUUUAAGUCAUUUAGUUGGGGCAGUAGGAACAGUAAUAAGCGAUGUUUAAUAGUGCUUGUUUUCCCAGAUUUGUGCCAAAUGGUCCACUCUCCUUUUACCUUUUGUGAUCUUUAGGGAUAACUUUUUUUUUUUUUCUAAUAAGUUAUUCAGAGGUAGUGGAGUACAAGAGUUUGAUGUGUGCAAAUGUAGACUGUAUACAUUAAACACUUGUUUCUGUUUUUGUGAAAUAAAAGGUAUUGGUGUGUAAAAUGACCUCGAUAAGUAAACGGAUGUGUUUUUCAAGUUGGAAGGUAGCUUUAAAAAUGCAUGGAGCUGCAAUUUAUUGCGUAUUCAGUGAUUUCUAAAGCCUUGUGUGUCAUAUUUAUCAACGUUCCCAUUACAUAAUAUUCUCACCCAAUGAGCAAGCUAUGCCAGAACAUUGGUAGAAGAUAAGUGUUGGGAAAGCCUUCAUGGCCCUUUCUAAAGACUCCUUCUUUCAAAUUCAGUUUCUAAUUUCUAAGUAAGGACAAACUAGUGACUUAAUGAACCACGAAGACCAAUUUUCCAAUGCCUAGUCAAGGCAAGAAAAAGCAGUAGAGUGGCUCCCAUUAACAUUCUUGGAAAUAUAAAUGUGAGAAUACCCACAUUGUGGGGAUUCUUCCUACUUUUCUAGCUUGCCUUUAAGUAUCUGAAGCAUUCUGUUUUUAAUCCAGUGAUUGGUAUAUUAGCCAGUUAAGUUUGCAAUAGGAUUCAACUAAGCUGUUUUGACUUCCUUAAUACAGUUAUUUUGGCUUUUCUCUCCCUAAAAUGGUUUGUACAGGCAUAAUAAGAAUGAUGGUGGGCUACAUCUUGUGAGAAUAGUAGAAGUUGAAAAGGACUGGAAAGAAUGAGACGGGAAGUGUACCAUUAUUGGCUGGAAAAUAAUUGAUUUAAUCUGUCUUCUGAUUCCAUUAAGAAUGCUUAGCCAGGUAGUAUUUAUAAGGUUUCUUUACCUGGAGGCAUUCUCUUUGGGGUGGAGAUGGGUGGAGAAUUACCAGUAAAGGAAGGAUGUCAGAAGAAAAAGGUGUAUGUUUUUUGGAAAACUUUUCACCACUGUUUACCGAUUUUUGCCUCUGCCAACUGUCGGCAUGCACUUUUCCUAGUAGAUAUUUGAUAUUGGUGGGUACCCAUUCAUAGAUGAAAUAAAGAAGGGAAGAAGAGUCACAGGACUAUAUAAACAAAAUUUGUGGGCAAAAUUUGGAAUUGGGUCUCCCACAUGAAAACCAUUCCAAUAAAAUUUAUUGUAUUUAUCAAUCAUUUAUGUGUGUCCAGAAGUAAUAAGAAUAUCCUUUUUUUUUUUUUUAAUGUGACUUGGAGAAUGAACUGAUGACCUUGUGUUAUGUGUGAUACCAUUGAGCAGCUUCCUGGCCCUGUCCCCUCCUUGAGCCCCCCCCCCCCCUUUUUUUCUUAGAGAGGAGACACCACAGCUCCACCAUCCAGGGAGCGCUGCCAGUGCCAUCCAUGGUGUGCCUGUGUGUGUAAGGGCUCAAACUCUGCUGUGUACAUGUAGAACAACCAUCUUCCUUGCUCCCUGGACAAUAUCCUUUUUUAAAAAAUUAUUUUUUUUUUAUUUUUGGUGGACCCGGGGACUUGCACAUGCUUGAUUUCACCACUCUGGGCCUGUGUGUGUGUGUGUGUGUGUGUGUGUGUGUGUGUGUGUGUGUGUGUGUUUAAUAGUGGUUUACAAAAGUAAGAUUCCAGGAUAUGUAGUUCCACACUUUGCCUACCUAUGAUCAAAGUUCUGUGCCCCCACAACCCCAGUGAUUACUACAGUAAUUCUCACAAAAUCUUAGAGACAGUUUCCUUUGUUUUCUUUUAAAGUUCAUAUGUUUCAAUUCUCUAGAUUCCACCUGAGUGAAACCAUUGAUAAUUGUCUUUGACUUCUAUUUAUUUCUCUAAGUGUACUCAUCUCCAGUUCCAUACAAUUUGUCCCAAAAGACAUAAUAUCUUUUUCCAGUGCAGAGUAGUAUUUCAUGGAGUAUAUAUCCCAUAACUUCUCCAUCUAGUCACCUGUCAAUGAGCAUUUAGGCCGCUUCCACUCUGUCUACUAUGAAUAAUACUGCUGUGAACAUAGGGGAGUAUAUGUCCCUUUAAAUUAGUGUUUUCAUGUCGUUUGGAUAAAUGUUGGGUUACUUUUGUUGUUGUUGUUGUUAUUAUUUAUUCAGGUGGAGAGAGUGACACCAUAGCAUUGAUGCUUUCUCUGUUGCCAUAGCAUCUCCCAUGUGGUGCUGGGCCUCAAACCAUGGUUUCAGGCAUUGCAUUGUAGGCACCCUGCCCAGUGAACUAUCUCUCCAACCUGGGAAAAUAUCCUUUUAAUGUGCUGUAUAAAGCAGUGGAACAUACUUAGAAUAUGAUAAACGAAAAGCUGGUGAAUUUUUCGUAACAGCCAUUUCUGUAUGCUUGUUGUUGCAAAACCAAAGUGGACAUAGCGCCAGUUUUGGCUGCUUCUUAUAAGGUAUUUAAUGCUUGCAAGGCAUUUAAGAUGUGUUUUGUCGGAGAAGCAGACAAACCCCUUUUGUUUCAUUCUCCAAUACUUGCCUUUCACGUGGAAUGCCUUUAAGCUUCUGGAGUACAGCGACCUUCUCUGUUUCACUUAGCACCAUUGUCUGUAGAACCUUGAACAGAGCCUAACAUGAGGAAGCAAUAAAUAUUUAUGGGAUGAACAAAAAUACACGAGAAUCCUUUUUUCUCUUCUUCCUACUAGUGAAGAUUCCACUUAACCUUUCUGGGCAGGGCCGCUUAUGCCCUACCCUCAUUACAGGCAUGAUAGCCCUUUGAAUGUUAGCUGUUUAGUACCACACACUUUGGCUCAUCCUUUAUGAGUUUAUAUUAAAUGUUUCCUGUGUUUUGUUCCACCCAAAAUGUGUUACAAUUAUACAGUGCCCUUUUUGAGAACUUCCUUGUUCAUCCAGUGUAAUAAUAUAUAGGUAGGAGGUUGAUUGAGUAUUAGAUACAAUAGGGGAAACAUUGAAAUAUUCAAGAUUUGGUCCCUGUCUGCAAAUAGAAUUUUCCUAGAGCCUUUUUGUGUGUGCGUUAAGCAAUAGGAGGAUUUGGGGUGAAAUGGCUAGCAAUAAUAGCUAAUAUUUAUACCAUAUUUAAAACAUGGCAGAUUGUGCCAUUGCCAUUACAUGUUAAUUUAUUUUACUCUCACAAUAACCCAUUGAAAUAGAUUUAGUCACAUCUUUUGAAGUGAGGAAACUGAGGUACAGCAUGGUAAUUAAGUUAGUCACAGAGAGGGGGCAUGUGAACCCAGGCAGUCUGGCUCCUGAGUCAUUGUGGUUUCUUUGUGGAAGACAGAGAAAAGAUUUUUGAAGUUGAUGCUGCUUUUUUCAGCUUUAAAAGGUGCUCUUUUUCAAAUUUCAAAGUAUCUUAAAAAAUUUCAGUGUCUCAGCUGCAGAAAGAGAAUGAGUUUCCAGAUAGAAGAGGUUGAGAGGACACUGCAUUUCACGAUGAUUAAAGGCAAAGGGAAAGGAUCUGAACUUUGUAUCUCAAAGCUAGUGAGGAUUAUAGCUUUAUAGGUACUGAAUUCUAGAACAGUGAUUCAGGACUGGGACAGUGGAACAGGGCAUGGGACAAUGACUGUCAAUGUUAGGAAUUUAGCAUGAAAAAAAGGAAGCCAGGGCAGGGGUGAUGGCACAGCAAUUAUUCAGAAAGACUUUUACGACCGAGGUUCUAUAAAGUCCCGGAUUUAAUCCCCUGCACUACCAUAAGCCUGAGCUGAGUUGUGCUCUGGUAAUAAAAUAAAAAAAAGUAUGGUAAAUAGAAUAAUAUUGAAUGAUAACUUGAUAUGUUACCACUUUUCUUUUUAAACACUGACUAGAUCUAGACCUCUCCUGAUAAUAAAUUCCUAGAAUGUGUGUCACUGAAAAUUGUUUCUUGUGCACAUUCAUUCCUUUGAUUUGUUCUUAUAUGUAAUUCUGUUUCACGUUUUCCACUUGUCUUGGGCAGUAGAGAACAAUAUUGAGGUCAGGACGGUUCUUAAGUGCAAGUAAUGUAACAGUUGGUGUGGGGGGGGAGGGGGGUGUCUUUGACUUGGUGGGAAACCUGGCAUGAAGGCUCUGAAGCUGUGUGGAAUUAGAUGAGGGCCUACACACUCCAGCAAAUGAAGAAACAUUGUAUUCUCUGAAAGCCCAGUUCCUUAUCUCCUUUACUGGGGAGCUGGCGAUACUAUCUGGGAGCAGGUGCCGCUGGGCAUCAACGGAACUACUCAAUCAAAGUGAUUCUGCAGAUAGGUGACUCACCUCCACACCACUGUCCAGGAACCAGAGUUUGAGGAAGUGCCUUGAAUGAAUGAAGCAUGACACAAACCUGGUUAGCAGCUGGGGAGAACACACUCUCUGCAGGCAUCUUAUUGUGGAAACAGAACAAUUUGGCUUCCCUGUUGACUGUAAGGGAAAAUCUUCAUUUCAGCAUGUUCUCAAUAAAGACCAAAGAACCAGGAGGAGAUAUCACAGCUUUCCCAGAUUGGGAGGAAAAAUAUGGAAUGUGUUUUACUGCUGACUGAACACAACCAAAUGAACUGUACUGACAGUAGUUUGAAAACCAGCAGUUAGCAGUUUGUUCAAGCUCUAACGUUGUCCAGCGCUUUCCAGAGCAAACUCACUGUUUACAAGAACUCUCGGCCUUACGACGACAUUUAUAACCUCAAGCUUUGUUUAUUUAAAAUACUUCUGCAAAAGAAAAGUACCUAGUGCCCACUCUUUAAAAUGGCUGCGGUUAUGGAUGAGUAUUUGUGGAUGGUCAUCUUGGGUUUUAUCAUAGCGUUUAUAUUGGCAUUUUCUGUGGGUGCAAAUGAUGUUGCCAAUUCAUUCGGUACCGCUGUGGGCUCUGGUGUGGUGACCUUGAGGCAAGCAUGCAUUUUGGCUUCGAUAUUUGAAACCGCAGGCUCAGUAUUAUUGGGAGCCAAAGUAGGAGAGACUAUUCGAAAAGGUAUCAUUGAUGUGAACCUGUACAACAAGACAGUAGACUAUCUAAUGGCUGGGGAAGUUAGUGCAAUGGUUGGUUCAGCUGUUUGGCAGCUGAUUGCAUCCUUCCUGAGGCUUCCAAUCUCAGGAACUCACUGCAUUGUUGGCUCUACCAUAGGAUUCUCUCUUGUUGCAAUUGGUACUAAAGGUGUACAGUGGAUGGAGCUUGUCAAGAUUGUUGCUUCUUGGUUUAUAUCUCCACUGUUGUCUGGUUUCAUGUCUGGCAUGCUGUUUAUACUGAUCAGAAUGUUCAUCUUAAAAAAGGAAGACCCAGUUCCCAAUGGCCUCCGGGCCCUUCCGCUGUUCUAUGCUGCUACAAUAGCAAUAAAUGUAUUUUCCAUCAUGUAUACAGGAGCACCAGUGCUCGGUUUGGUCCUUCCUCUGUGGGCGAUUGCUCUCAUCUCCCUCGGUGUAGCUCUGCUGUUUGCCAUGUUUGUGUGGCUCAUUGUAUGUCCAUGGAUGCGAAGAAAAAUAACAGGUAAACUACAAAAAGAAGGUGCUUUGUCACGGACCUCUGAUGAAAGCCUCAAUAAAGUCCAGGAAGUGGAGUCCCCAGUAUUUAAGGAGCUCCCAGGUGCCAAGGCUAAUGACGACAGCACAGUCCCUCUCACAGGCUCAGCUGGGGAGAUGGCUGGAACCUCAGAGGGCAGUUUGGUGGGGACCCACCCCCGGGUCGCCUAUGGAAGGGCCCUUUCCAUGACGCACAGCUCUGUGAAAUCACCCAUCUCCAAUGGCACAUUUGGCUUUGACGGCCACACCCGGAGUGAUAGCCAUGUGUAUCACACGGUUCACAAAGACUCGGGGCUCUACAAAGACUUGCUGCACAAAAUCCACACGGACAGGGGCCCCGAGGAGAGGCCUGCUCAGGAGAACAACUACCGGCUGCUGCGGCGGAACAACAGCUACACCUGCUACACAGCAGCCAUCUGCGGGCUGCCCGUGCACUCGGCCUUCAAGGGCGCCGACUCGUCAUCAGCACCUGAGGACAGUGAAAAGCUGGUGGGUGACACCGUCUCCUAUUCUAAAAAGAGGCUCCGCUACGACAGCUACUCCAGCUACUGCAACGCGGUGGCAGAAGCUGAGAUCGAGGCAGAAGAGGGGGGUGUGGAGAUGAAGAUGGCAUGUGAGCUCCCAGGCCAGGGCCAGCCUCAAGAGGACCCUGCGGAAGAGGAAAAGGAGGAGAAAGACACAUCUGAGGUCCACCUCCUGUUCCAUUUUCUGCAGGUCCUCACUGCCUGCUUUGGGUCCUUUGCUCACGGUGGCAAUGACGUAAGUAAUGCCAUUGGUCCCCUGGUAGCUUUGUGGCUGAUUUAUGAACAUGGUGCAGUCCUGCAGGAAGCUGUGACUCCUGUCUGGCUGCUCUUUUAUGGAGGAGUUGGAAUUUGUACAGGUCUCUGGGUUUGGGGGAGAAGAGUGAUCCAGACCAUGGGGAAAGACCUCACUCCCAUCACACCAUCAAGUGGUUUCACCAUUGAGCUGGCCUCGGCUUUCACGGUGGUGAUGGCCUCCAACAUCGGGCUUCCUGUCAGCACCACACACUGCAAGGUGGGCUCAGUGGUGGCUGUGGGCUGGAUCCGCUCCCGGAAGGCUGUGGACUGGCACCUCUUCCGGAACAUAUUCCUGGCCUGGUUUGUGACUGUCCCCGUAGCAGGGGUGUUCAGUGCUGCUGUCAUGGCUCUUCUCAUAUACGGGAUCCUUCCAUUCGUGUGAUUCGUCUUCUUCCAGUCAGAAACGAAGGAAGACGAGUCUGGCAUGGCCUCAGUGAGAGGCUCGGCCUGCCUGUACAUAGGCCGUCUCCUGGACGUGACCCCUUCAGAUGGCUUCAUCCCACACUGCUCACCUAGGCUGCAGAUUCAUCCUCCAGAGAUAACUUAACUACUGUACAUAAUCAUGUGCAUUAAACUGGUAUUGUGAUGAUGUAACAUGGUGCAGUUACUUAAAUAUCAAAUAGAUAUUGUAUACAUAGAGUAGGUAGUUUUAUUUCAUAUUCCAAGUGGGAGUGGAGGUAGAGUUGCCUAGAACACUCAGUAAAUCUUUGUACAUAAUGAUUUUAGUGGCACAUUUUAAGAGCCUUUUAAAAGAAAAGUAUAGAUUGGAAGUUAUUUUCUCCCCCAUCUAAUAUACUGUAAGAUAAGUACAAAAAGGACGGAUGAUACAAAUUUGGGAAAGUGUUUGUACAUUGGUGUGCUAUUGAAUAAUAGUGGGACAGGAGUUCCUAAGUGCUUUCACUGAAGAAUCUGUUCAUAGACUGUGUAUUGACUAUGUAAUAUAUCAUAGUUGCUUCUGUAAAUAUUUAAAAACUGUAAUUUUUUUAAAUGGUGUGCUUCCCUUACACUUUUUUUUUUUUUUUUGAUCAGAGAAUUUUGGAAAGUACCAAAGAAGCAGGGGAAUAGUUUGCCAGUAUUAUAUUUUCUUACACGUGUCUUUCCCCUCCUUGUUAAUCCUACUGUUUCCCUGGGAUAUAGCAAGGCCAACAGCCCUGUCAUGUGUAUGUUCCACGUGAAGGAGGGGUCCCCCCACCACUGCUGCCACUCAGCAGCUGUUGGUCUGCCCUGCAGUGGUAUUCACUGUCACCAGAGCAGAAUGCACAGACACAGGGAAUCAUGAGCAAACACUGCACAUCAAGUCCAGUGUCAGUCUCCACCUCUUACCCUCCCACAACAGCCCGAAGAAUGAAAUAAUGAAAUUCUUGUCUCAAACAUUGAUGCAAGUGCUUUGUCAUUCUGGGAAUUUGGAGAGGGAAGAGUUGGACUUUUAGACUUAACCACUGGAUUUGAGGAUUUCUUGGAGGCCUUUUACUAAGCUGACAGUUUGACACUCUACUGUAGUCCCAUUAGAUUAUCUUUUUUUUUUUUAUUUUUAUUUUAUUUUGGGUGGGGUAGCGGGAGGAAAUAUGACUAAUGUUAGAGCCUGAAACUAUGGAAAUGCUGCUAAAAUUUUUAUAUUGACAAACAUUUUCUCGGUACUUCAUUGUGAUUUUUCAUUAAUCAGCCAUAUUAAAUUUAUAAUAAAAAAUACUCCUUAAAAUUUU